AUGAUAGAAGCUGAUAAGAAAUUCUUGGAGUUGGUUAAGAAAAACCAGAAGCAAAAUACAAAUCCAGUCUACCAAUACACACUUGAAGAUAAUCCAGAAUCAUUGACACUCCAAGAUGUUCUAGAAAGUCAUAUGACAGAUCCAAUUGAGCUCAAUUCGUUCGAUUCCAUGGAAAAAGAAGCAGGAAUUCCUUUUUCAAAUGAAAAGCAAAGAACUGCAAUUAAAAUGGCUCUUAAUGAAAAUAGAAAGCUUGUAUGUAUUCAAGGACCACCGGGAACUGGAAAAACAUUCACAUUGACACUACUUCUAUGUAGACUUAUUCAACAGAAAAAGCAGGUUGUUGUGUUGGCACCGACACGUGAAGCACUGGCAAAUAUUAGGAUGAUGACUAAAAAGACGCUGAAGAGAAUGGGAAUUAAAGUUCACGAGCACGCGUUGAUGGAUACGAACGAAUAUCGUGAUGUUAUAAAUAAAUCGGACAGAGCUCUAAUGGCAGCGGAAGAAGUUAGAGAUCUGCGAAAAGCAUUUGAUAACGGAGAAAUAACAGAAAAUGUGCUCGACGAAAUGAGACAAUCGAUAAUUAAUCGAGUUCGAAAUGAAGUUGGAGCGGAAGUUAUUGGAAAUGUGCGAGUGGCAUUUGCAACGAUUGGAGCGAGUUUUGUGGAUUUUGUUAUGAAACACAAAAAGUUUGAUCCAUGUCUUUGUAUUAUUGAUGAAGCAGCACAAGUGAUGGAAGCACAGACAUGGCCUGCCGUGUACAAAAUGAAGAGAAUUGUGAUGGCUGGGGAUCCGAAACAGCUUCCUGCGCUUGUUUUUACUGAUGAAGCAAAAGCAUUCGGGCUCCAGAAUUCUGUGAUGGAUCGUAUAUUGGAGAAGAAAAAUAAUUUUAGUUGGAUAAUGCUUGAGAAUCAAUAUCGGAGCAAUGCAAAAAUCGCAACUUGGUCAAAUACUUGCUUCUAUCACAAUCAACUCAAAACUGACGUCAAAUGUCACGAGUAUAGUCUUCAUACUAUCCUGAAUCCUCAACCGAAGAAAUUCCGCAAUUUAUUUGAUCCGUUGGUAUUAAUCGACACUUCUCUGGAAAGAGAUGUAGAAAAACGAUUGGAAACUUAUGAGCAUGCAGUAUUUGAUACAAAUAGUAUUAAUAAAACGAAACAAGGAUUUUCAUAUGCUAAUCUAGCCGAAGCAAAAAUCGCGAUUGGACACUACCAACGACUUUUAAAAUAUGGAGUACAACCAAGUGAUAUUGCAAUAAUUACUCCAUACAAAGGACAAACAAGUCUUGUGACAAAAUUAAUGGAAGAAUUUGGAGCUGAGACUGGAUAUACUGAUUUCGUUCAAACAACAAUUGGAACAGUGGACAGUGUUCAGGGAAAAGAAUAUGAAGUUGUCAUUUUUACAAUGGUUCGAUCCAAUCCAAGAAAAACGAUGGGAUUUGUGUCUGAGCUUCGGCGGCUUAAUGUGGUUAUAACGAGAGCUAAAAGACAUUUCAUGUUCAUUGGAAAUGGCUACCUUCUUGCCGAAAGUAAAAAGGAUGAGAUUCGGAAAUUAUACGAUUGCUUCAAAAACGCGAAACGCCGCUUCCAUCCGAAUAAUGCAUUUGGAGAAGAUGGAAAUGUCACUGAUUAUGUUUCAAAUAACUUUGGACAGGAUCUCGAAUCAUUUAUGAACUAUUCAAAUGAUGAAGAAAUGAUCAAUUGGUGUAAACGAUUUAAUGAAAAUGGACCGGAUUAUCGAGCAAAAAAGGCGUUGGCUUGGGAGAAACGAGAAGAAACGAGAUUGAUGAAAACAAUUUCAAAAGUAAAGUAUGAGUACAAGAGAGGAUCAACAGAGCAGCUAGCUAGUGAACUCGAUCAAUUGGAUUGCUCGUCUAAUUAAUUAUUUGAAAAUGUCUUUAAAUCUCAUCAAAAAUUGCUCGCAUUUAGCUAUCACAAUUACAAAAAUUUUAAAUCACAAAAUUUUGGUUUUUUUAAAAAAUUUUUAUCAACUUUAUGGCCAUCAUUCUUGUAAUAUGAAACCCGCUAGAUAAGUGUAUAUAUUUUUUAACUUCCUAAAGCGAACUUGACACAUUUUAUACAUUUAUCUCAUCUCACAUCUCUUUUUUAUUUUUUCCAGAAAUUGAUCGGUAGUUUUAUAAAAUUGUUGCGUAACAUUCCCCUUGAUCCAUAAUAAAGGUUUAUUCUUUGUUU